AUGGCGCUCAUCAACGCUCAGCUCAUUUGGGCAAUUAUUGUUGUUGCGCUAAUCGCGCGCACCAAUCAAGAGCGUUUGAGCGUAGGCAGCGCGCCUACGCAAAUUCACGCGGAAGAUUUUGUAAAGCGUAGUAGCAGCAGUGACUCCACUUUAAGCGCACGCCACACUGAUGCGCUGAUAAAAAGUGUGCCAUACUUUCAGGCGUCACUGCCAAUGCGCGUGUACGAGUGCUUACGCGCCUUCAGCAUUUUGCGCUGCACGAAACUGUUUAUUUUGCAAAAAAUGGAGGAGCGCAAGGCCAUCAGUCAAACUGGCAACUUAACACGCGACUUUCUCGAUCAAUUUUUCGACGCGGAGAACAACGUUGGCAGCCUGACAGAUAACAAGUAUGCGAAUAUGACGGAUGAGAAGCUGAAUCAUUGCUUGGUGGUGCGCUUUCAACGCUUCUUCAAGCAUCGCGAUAUCAAAUUGCAUUUCCUUCCCGGCGUAAUGGUGAAAAUCGUGCCGAGUCGCGACAACAAGCUGAGUUUCACGCUGAAGAAGAGCAAAAAAACUAAAAAGCAUGCUGAUCGCGUGAGCGGACGCGCCACCAAACUUGUCGAGGAAAUCGAUGAAACGCUGGACACAGCGGAGCCCACCAUAGAAACGCAUGCCGUUGAAUCGGCGCUCACGAAGCAAAGCGAUUUAGGUUUAGGCGGCGCUGGUGCAGGUGGUGUUGGACCUGGCGGUAUAAGACGUAAAAUUAAAAAGGCAUCCUCUUUUGCUACUUACAAGAACACAAUUCUGCAAAUGGCCGUGCCUGUUAUGGUCAUGCCCGCAAUUCUGCUGGGGUCAGUGUUGCCAUUCCUGUUGCCUAUGCUGAAGUUGGCCACCAUAAUGUCGAUGAUGUUGAAUAACAGCGCUUUUAUUGCGGCGCUCGUUUAUGCCGCGCGCACCCAUGCGAACGCGCAGGAGGAGCAGCAAAUCAGUUACCCUCCACAGGGUUACUUUUAG